CGAUGCUUCCACACACCUGGCUGGAUUGCGCGGAGGCCAUUUGUUCCACCCGCUGCUCCCUUUACUCCGAGUCGUAGCGCGUCUGGUGCUGGGAACGAGAUGUCCGGGAUGUAUUUUCUCCGGAGAUUGUAAGAAGAAAAAAAAGUGGAGGAGAAGGAGCAGCUCUCUGAGACCAUGUGGAGGAGAGAAGACGCGUCCCUUGGUGCGAGCCCCGGAGGCAGGAAAAGACUCUAAGAGGAUCUUUCUAUUUUAUUUUCCUGCGCUUUCUUGGAUAAAAGAUGCUUCGAUAGAGAGAAGGGAUGGUAGAGAAGGGAGGACAUUCAAAAAAGCUAUCGCUGCAUUGUAAUAAUCAAGCACAAUGUUUAAAGUGGCUGCACCUGACCUUCUUGACCCCAACUCUGCCGCCCACAACUCCAAGCCUCGCUUGUCCUUCUCGGGCCAUCCUGUGGUGCUGAACCUUCCGGAGGAUGAGUGCGACACCCGGAUUACAGUCAUGAGGUGGAAAACCGUGUCAGCGAUCUUCUUCCUGGUGGUGCUCUACCUGAUAAUCGGGGCGACGGUGUUCCGGGCUCUUGAGAAGCCGCAUGAGAGCUACCAGAAACUGGCCAUACUCGCAGAAAAGCUGGACUUCCUGGCCACGCACGCCUGCGUCAACUCCUCCGAGCUGGAGGAUCUGGUGAAGCAAGUGGUUUCUGCAGUUCGAGCGGGUGUGAACCCAUCGGGAAAUCCAUCCAAUCAGACGAGCCUCUGGGACCUCAGUUCCUCUUUCUUCUUUGCUGGAACUGUUAUCACAACCAUCGGGUUUGGGAACAUCUCUCCUCACACAGAAGGAGGUCGGAUCUUCUGUAUAAUCUACGCUCUGCUGGGGAUCCCCCUGUUUGGAUUCCUAUUGGCUGGUGUGGGCGACCAGUUGGGGACCAUUUUUGGCAAGGGCAUCGCCAAAGUGGAGAAGAUGAUAGUGAAGUGGAAAGUCAGCCAGACGAAGAUCCGCGUCUUCUCCACGCUGCUCUUCAUCCUGUUCGGGUGCCUCAUCUUCGUGGCGCUGCCGGCCGUCAUCUUCAAGCACAUCGAGGGCUGGAGCACCCUGGAGUCCAUCUACUUCGUGGUCAUCACCCUCACCACCAUCGGCUUCGGGGACUUCGUGGCCGGUGAAAAGGGUGCCUCAGAGAAAAAUCCAGAGUACCUGGACUACUACAAGCCUGUGGUGUGGUUCUGGAUCCUGGUGGGCCUGGCGUACUUCGCCGCCGUGCUCAGUAUGAUCGGGGACUGGUUCCGGGUCAUCUCCAAGAAAACUAAGGAGGAGGUCGGGGAGUUUCGGGCUCACGCAGCCGAGUGGACGGCGAACGUGUCGGCAGAGUUCAAAGAGACCCGGCGGCGGCUCAGCGUUGACAUCUAUGACAAGUUCCAGCGUGCGGCGUCCAUCAAGCGCAAGCUGUCAUCGGAGCUGGGCAUCAACCAGGAACUGACCCCCGGCAAGAGGACGCUGUCGGCCAGCCUAUGCGAGGACAGAGAGGGUUACCCCAACUUGACUCUCUCACUCAGCCCUGUCUCGGGGGCCCACACCAGGAACGGCAACCUCUACCUAAACGGCCUCAGCCCGGACUACGCCGACCGGCGGGAGAUCGCCAUCAUCGAAAAUCUCAAUUGAGGAGCAGAGUAAAAAUGAGAUUCAGUGAAAUGCACAAUACAGACUUAAUAAUAACUGAGAGAGUGACUCAAAAAUAGACCAAACGCAUCCUUAGUACUUUCAUGUGCGUUUUUAAUACUUCCGGACAAAAUCCUACUGGGUGCGAUAGAGUUUCAGAGGUUCCAUUCAUUUGAUUGAGUCCAACAUCAAUGACAACGUGAUCCACAAAUCCGAGGCGUGUUCUUGUCCGGAGUUUCACCGUCAUCUCUGAGCAGGAAGGUAUUUAAAGCCCAUAUUGAGGUCGCCACACACUGAACUUCUUCAUCUUCUCGUCUCGCCCUGUCAACACGGACACAAUCACAUUCACCCAACUUAGAAAAGCAAUAGACACACGUGUGCUCAUCUCCUGUUCAAUUUCCAGUGGCCCUGAAAUCUGCAUCAGAUAAAGAGGACCCAUCCGAUCGUGGCUUGUUCUUUUUAUUUAAUUUAAGUUUACAAUUCUUCUGACAGUGUGAAUUGAUAUGCCUUGUCAGUCUGCCCUCACUGCAGAGAUGAAUGUUGAGGCUCUCGCUCCUUCACGACUGACAUUCAGCGUUUCACCCUAAGGAAUAAUCCGCUCGUGCCUUACUGAAAACCACACUGAACAUGUGAGGAUGGUGAUGCAUGAAAGACUUUGUCCGUCCACUCAUACUUGUUAUAAGUGAGCACAGCAGUCAUAAAGUGGGAGCCUUCAUGGGGGAAAAACGGCAUAAAGAAGAAGGGAAAUUAGUUUGAUCAUCCUGAAAUCAGAUGAACUGUGCCCUCUCUGUCUUGCCGGUGUGUUCUAGGUAUAUACUGCCCGUCUUGAUGUGCUGAGAUAGUUGUGUUAACCACACGGUGCCAGGCUCACUGAUCGAACCCCACUCUCCCCCAAACCAAAGUAAUGAUCCUGCUUUUCUGACGGACGGAUACGAGAGGUCUUCAGCCUCAUCAAAGGCAUCAGGAGUGCUUUCUGGUUCUUCUAAAGAUUUCCUGUCCUCUGGGUUUUUGGAAAUUUAAAUUGAACCCACUGCUCAGUUUUUGGUGCGUAAACACUUUCUUUUUUUCAUGCAUGCAUGUAUCGCACAGUAGCAAUGAAAGCUGUGGGGCUGUGAAGCAUCUCUUUACCUUCCUGCUUUUCAUGAUGGGGGGGAGUUUGGUAAUACCACUGAGAUCCAUUAUAUCGUGCCAAUACUGAAUGUACGCCAUCAAACACCUUUAUUUACUGUUCGGUAUAUAUAUGUGUAUAUAUGUAUAUAUACCGUAUGUCUGUAUAUAUAUGUGUAUAUAUGUGUGUGUAUAUAUAGGUCUGUAUAUAUGUGUAUAUAUACAGUGACUCAAUUAUCAACACUAUAGAUGUCUUCGAUUGGCAUUAGAUGCAAAUAGAGGAGCUGGUUUGAAUAAAUUCCUCUGCUGCUUCAUUUGUGUCGAUAAAGAUCAUGAAAACGUUAAGAAUCUCACUCUGAUUCAUUAUAUCUACAUCUACAUGUAGAGUUUUAUGCUUUGGGUUGGUCUUAUGUGUGGUAUUCAAGGUUUUUCUGAAAAGCCGGAUUGCAUUUGAUGCUCUUAUGCAAGGUUGUGCUGUUAGCUUAAAGGUUUGGAUUGUUUCAGAGCUUAUUCAGUGCUUUCAUGCAGCAUAAUGUGCUGGAAUAUUCAAUACAUCUGAUAGAGCUGUUUUCAGUUUGUAGCAUUGUGAAGCACAUUUUAAAUACAGUGCAUCUCGCAAGACAGUAUUUCAUGUGGUAAACCAAGUCUACUUUAUACCAAGUGUCUUCAAUUGAUGGGGUAUAGGGUGUAAACUUGACUUCAUGAGUUUUUUACAUUUCGCUUCAGAGCAUCAGGCCUAAAUUUGGAAUGAAGACCGAAAGAUGUAACAGAACUAAUCAAACCCGACCAGAUUAGUUUAGGUUUAUUAAGCACAUUAAAAAAUCACAUAGAACAAUGACAAGUACUAAUAUACAGCGCGGUUGGAGGAGGCAGAAAACCCAGUGGGCUUAUUCUUAAGCCUCUACAUAAUAUAGUUACAAUCUCACAACAUUAGACAAUACAAAGUUGACAUCAAGAAAAUAGUAAUUGAAUCAACAAAUGAACAACAUAAAUGGCCUAGUAAAAAAAAAACAGCAUCCACAGAUAGAUUAUUUUUUUUAAACAUACAAAAAAUAACAUCACCAAAGGAUCGUUUACAAAAUGCAUAAACUAUUGAACUCUCCAAUGUUAACCACACCCCCUGCAAUCCUCAAAGCAUAAUAGAUGAUGGAUGGAUAUUUCCCACUAUUAUAAAUCUGAUUUAUUAUCUCCUUAAUCGCAAACACAUUCUGUAUUUUCCCAUCUAUGUUAUGGACGCUACUUUUUACACAGUUUACUUUUGAAUAGAAAAACAAACAGAUGUUGGAGCUUUUUUUUAAUGCUUUAGCAUCAACCUGGUUUAGUAAAUCGCUAUUUUGAAAUUAGCCAGUAGUCACAAAUGAAAGAUAAAAUGUAGCGAGGGAUUUACAAAUAUCUGGUGCAACCUUCCGAUUGUCUCACAGCUUCUCUCCUUGGAUCUUCUGGUUUCUUUAAUCAGCUCAAACAGCUGCUCUGCCACCGGGAGCACAGCCGCCUACUUGUGCUCCGACUGUACAGUCAGGUCAACUGCUGUCAUGAGCAAUCAAGUCAAACAGGAGUCACAGAAAGACACUGAAGACGGUAAUUGUAAAGAUGUGGGACUAAAAUUAGCAUCAGGCCAUUUUAAUGGGAUGCUGAGAGGCAAUCAAUAUCAUCACAGCACCUAUUGUAUGUCAUACUUGCAAUACACGAUGUGCUCUAAAAGGAGCGUUGCAUGAAAUGUCAGGCCAUGUGAGGCCACAUGCCAGGAUGCAUGUGCAUUAUUGUGUUUACAGUAAGUGUGUGUGCGUGUUUGUGUGUGUGCGUGCAUGAAUGAACAUGUGAAUAUUGUGUGUGCACUGGGGUUUAAGGAAGCUCAUCUUAUCUCCACCCACUCACAUGGGGCAGCCUCUUCCUCUCCCAGGGUGACAGUUUUUAAUUAAACCCACGGCUCGCGUCAACAUCCCAGCCCUAGCAUGCUGAAUGUAUCGCUCCAUUCACAAUGGAAGACACGAGCCACAUUAAUGAAUGUAAGGGCAUCCAUGAUUUAACGUUUGCGAUGCAUGUGUAGGCAGAGCAGCUCAAUUAGCUCUGUGGUUAAUUAUGUGGAGAGGACUCCAGGCGUCUUAAAGCCACAAGCCUUUAAUCGUAGAGAAAAUAUAAUGCCAUUUAAAAACAUGAUUAUACCAAUCAAAGACAUGAUGACAGACGAGAGGAAUCACGUGGUUUCAGAGCAGUCUUUAUAAAUGUGCAUUAGUGGAGUCAAUAUCCCAGUUUUCAUCUUUGGUUCGGUCUUUUGUCUAAACUUUAUGCAUGCUGUUUUUAAAUUAGGCCCAAGCAACAUCUUUGAUGUUUAAAUUUGGAAUAAAGCCACUUGUAGAACUCACACACGUACAUUUUAGAACUGUGAACAUGAUUUCCACAGAUGUUGCAUGCGACUUUUAAGUAUUACGUCCAGUGAUUAUUGAUCCAGUGGGUCUAUAAUCACGUGGCUCUCCCUUGUAUGGCGACCAUGUGUUUCCAGUAUGUCGAUAUGUUCCUGUGGGUAUGUCACCUUAAAUCACUUUUCAGAAGGUUUAGAAUAAAAUUUUCUAUUCAAAAAUACUGACGAUCACUGUUUUCUUCCUCGUUGAUUUUCUUUUUCAACAAAUCCAAUUUAACGACCGGUAAAAUAAGUCUGUUGCUCAAUUCCCCCCUAACUCCCCAGGCUGUCUGUGGAAUUCAGGCAAUCUUUCAAAGAAGAUUGUAGAUAGUUGGAUACCAGCUGUAGUUUUUAUUCUUACGGAUAGUGCCUUUGUUGUGGGAUAUUUACAGGUUAACUUUGCCUUCACACGCUCCUCGGAAUGUCCCACUUCCCGAGUUGUCGUCGUUCCUGUGCUUUGAAGCCAGAUUGUGAAAAAAAAAAGAUGCUGUGUAGACACGUGUUAAUCCUAAAAACAUCUGUUCACACUGAAAGGAACUACAUCAGCAACUCGUGUACAGAAAUGUUCACAAUCGUCGGAGUUGUUGUUCCAGCUUGAGGUGGCGUUCACAGGGUUUUUUCCCCAAGUGGGAACACAUUUUUCCGAUUGCUCCAACAUGGCCUUAAUGUAUUAUUUCAGACUUUUGCUGCUCUUGUGAUUAUCUCAGGCAGCAGGAUGGUGUUGAUUGGAAUGAGACCAUGUAUUUUAAUGUCCAGAAAUAAGACGUUACCUGCAGAGAUGAGGUACAUCUAUAUAUUUUAAGUAUAUAUUGUUUUAGAUGCAUUGAUAAAACUUUGAUGUUGGAAGAAUCAAUACAUUGAUGUUUUUUUUUUUCUCAUUGGGAUACGAGCUUGUGUCUUAUAACAAUUAUUUCAGAAGACUUUCUUGUGCACAGAAAGGCCUCCUUUAAUAUUCUAUUGAUUUUAGACAUUUGUUAUUCUGAGUUUCAACAAAAGACCCUUACUUUUUACUUUUCUUCUUCUUAAUUAUGCAGCCUUUCUCCAAGAUAAACAACCUGCAGCUGUUCUUUGCAGCUCGACAAUGAUGGAGCCAACAUUGCUCCGAUCACUCGAAACAGCAGAUAAUGGAUCACGGCUGACAAAGUGAUCUGAGUCACAAGUUACUAAAUGUUCUCUGGGCCUCACAGGCACAGCGUGGCCCGAGAAUAGCUGCCACUCAUGAGUCGCCGCGUUGACACCUUCAAUCACUUUGUAUAUCAUAACCUCUCCUUCUUUGAUGAUUCCAUUUUGUACCGUUUGUACAAACAAGGAAAACUUUCCUGGAGACGUCUUCCAACAUGGAGGUCAAAACGCGCUCCGAUCAGAGCCUGUGACGGUUUCCCUUUGAUACGAGCUGACAGGUUACUUAAUGACUUAAUGACUCUGAAGACGGGGAGUGACACGACGCGUCACCUGCCAGCCUCUGCCCUGUCAACGCUCAGACAGAACCGCAAGCGCUGGCUGCAUUACAUUGAGACGGCUCCAGCCACGACUCAGCGCCCUUCAACUGGGAGACAGUAUGACUCUGAUUGUAAAUUGAAUUAAUAGACGAGCAGGAAGCAGCAGGUUCCAGCCUUUUGUUUGAGCUCACUUCGUACCACACGGCACAGAGUAGAUACUCAUUGGUCAUAACUGUAUGAGUGAAUCCAUGCAGUCACACAAAGCACUGGAGCAGGAGGGUUUUGUAAACUGAAGACCAGGGAGCCAUCCCGGUUGGAGACGGGUCGGCUCAUUAGUGAUUCUGUCUGCGGGGACUUCAGAGAAAACCAGUGACUCAGCCAGCAACCACCACUAUAUCGGGCUGGAGAGGUACAAAGUGAGAGAGGCGGUUACCUCACAGGCUGAGAGAGAGCUGGUGUGUGUGUGUGUGUGUGUGUGUGUGUGUGUGUGUGUGUAAAAUUCAUGUGACAGGUCCUGUCCAGACUGUCUAUUUCUACAUGGCUAUUUAGCGUAUAAUUGGCUUAAUAAUGUCUCUUUUCUUCCUUCCCCCCCCCCCUAUUUAUUAAAGAAGUAGUUUCUUAGCACCUUUUAAAGAGUCCUGAGCCAAAAUGCUGUUACAAUAAACAAAUAAUAAUGACUUAGCAGCUCCAGAGUGUCGCUGGGGUUUUGGGGGAUUGUUUUAAGUUUGUAAACUGCAAUUAUUUUUUGUAUAAUUCAUUGAUAGAUCGCAUCCAAUUGGAUAUUUUGAAUAAAGCUUCACACCAUA